CCCCCUUCGUACCAUUCUUCCAUCACCCGCCGGAUACUCAAGCAUCGUCCUCGCAUUCCUCAAGCACAAGCGGAACCACAGCAACACUAAGCUCUACUCUGCAUUGACCUCCGUACAUCAAGAUGGCUCCUGCUCAGGAGGAGCGCAUCCCAAUCAAAUCGGCCGCUGACUUGGCCUACUACUUCCAGACUAUCCAAGAUGCUCUGGCAGAGAAGGAGACCGAAGACUCGUGGCAGCGCUUGGACAGAGCACUGGCCAAACUGGAGGCAGUGGCAAAAGGAGGAGGAUACAAGUUCGACGAGUUUGUGUACCACAUGAAGAGCGUCGCAGAGCCCUUGACGAGCGCACUUCUGUCAGAGCGUACAAGACUUUCCGGAACCGCUGGCGAUGUUCUUGCGUCGGUAGCUCCUCGAAUGGCUGAGCGCUUCGAGCCCCUUGUCAACGUCUACGUUCCUCCUCUUCUCCAGAUCUGUGCAAGGACCAACAAAGUAGCUCUCAAGCGGGCAGAGAAGUGUCUUCAGCUCGUCGCCCGUCAUUGCAAGCUACCGAACAUCCUUCCCCUGCUGAGGGAAGCCAGCAAAGACAAGUACGCUGGUCUGCGUGCCGUAUCGGUGGCUUGCAUGGUCACCCUCUUCGAGUCGGGAGCUAGUGACAGGCUGUAUAGGAAAGCAGCAGAGGUGGAAGCAAUGAUUGCAUCGAUGGCAAAAGACUCGAACCCUGAGGUACGACAGAACUGCAAGAAACUGUUUCAGGUAUACAUUGAUCUCUGGCCGGAGAGAGUGGAAAGGUGAGUGACAAGAUAGACAGCAGGAAGAGGCAGUAUGUGGGCAAUGUGACUGACGAAUCUUGUCUAUCUUCUCUCUCAUCAGCUAUACCGCUCCGUUGACGCCGACGACCAGACGAUACCUUUCGUUGCCCAAGACGGGACCUUUGCACGUUGAGAUUCCUUCAGAAAGGCCAGUGGCCCCUGCUCCUAGGGCUGAG